AUGUUCAAUACAUUCGAAUAUUCUAGUAACAAAGAACCCUCAGCUUUCAUUAUUCAUGGACCCAACAUGGACAUUGCUGAUCUGCCAAGUCGACGUCCUGGUACCUUGAUAAUUCUGCUGAAUAUGGAGGCUCCAUUCAAUGCUGGAACUGGUAUACGUAUGGUACCUCCUGAUUACUUCAACGCAGUCAUUACUUAUAGAAAAGACGCACAUUAUUAUCAUCCGUAUGCCGCUUUCCUGCCACUCAACGAAAGCAAUACUUAUAAGGAAGUUAUAACAUCGGAACAAGUUUGUUAG